UAAUGAUUUCAUUUCAAUACACGUUAUUGGUGAGAACGACUACAUUUUCACAAGUCAGUUAAAAUUAUAUGCAACUGAUUGUAUCGUUCAAAAAUGGAUGGAAAAAUUGGAAAAAGAUGAGGGAUACAAUGGUCAGUGUUCAUUAGUUUAUUCUCCGCCAUCGUUUAACAGUUUAUAUGGACAGGAAAAUCUGCCAUUAAUCUCGCCCUUAUCUCCACCGACACAAGAGAGCCACGUCGAAAACAUGGAGUAUUCUCUACCCACACAGGAGAGCCCCGUCGAAAACAUGCAGUAUUCUCUACCCACACAGGAGAGCCCCGUCGAAAACAUGCAGUAUUCUCUACCCACACAGGAGAGCCCCGUCGAAAACAUGCAGUAUUCUCUACCCACACAGGAGAGCUUCACCGAAAACGAUGGACCAUUUGGACCACAGUAUAUAUAUAACUAAUUUUAUUUGUACUAUUGUAAUUUUUGUGUAAAAUAAAAA